AGGCGGGGCUUAGUUGUGUGUGGAAGGGGCUCAGGGGAUUGUCUCCGCUAACGCGGCGACGUUCGACGCGUGGAGCAGCUGCCGGAAUCUUCGGGUGCAGUCUUCGCUGCUGCCAUGAGCUACACAGGCUUUGUCCAGGGAUCUGAAACCACUUUGCAGUCAACGUACUCAGACACAAGCGCCCAGCCCACCUGUGAUUAUGGAUAUGGAACGUGGAACUCUGGGACAAACAGAGGCUACGAGAACUAUGGUUAUGGCUAUGGCUAUGGCCAGGAUAACACCACCAACUAUGGGUAUGGUAUGGCCACUUCAAACUCUUGGGAAAUGCCUAACUCUGACACAAAUGCAAACCCUAGUGCCAUGGGUAGUGCCAGUGCUGAUUCCGUUUUGUCCAGAAUUAACCAACGCUUAGAUAUGGUGCCGCAUUUGGAGACAGACAUGAUACAAGGAGGCGUGUACGGCUCAGGUGGAGAAAGGUAUGAUUCCUACGAGGCCUGUGACUCGAGGGCCGUCCUGAGCGAGCGUGACUUGUACCGGUCGGGCUAUGACUACGGAGAGCUCGACCCUGAUAUGGAAAUGGCCUACGAGGGCCAGUAUGAUGCCUACCGCGACCAGUUCCGCAUGCGUGGCAGCGACACUUUUGGCCCACGGGCUCAGGGCUGGGCCCGGGACUCCCGGAGUGGCCGGCCGAUGGCCUCGGGCUAUGGGCGCAUGUGGGAAGACCCCAUGGGGGCCCGGGGCCAGUGCAUGCCUGGUGCCUCCCGGCUGCCCUCCCUCUUCUCCCAGAACAUCAUCCCUGAGUACGGCAUGUUCCAGGGCAUGCGUGGCGGGGGCACCUUCCCAGGUGGCUCCCGCUUUGGCUUUGGGUUUGGCAAUGGCAUGAAGCAGAUGAGGCGGACCUGGAAGACCUGGACCACGGCUGACUUCCGGACCAAGAAAAAGAAGAGAAAGCAAUGCGGCAGUCCUGAUGAGCCAGACAGCAAAGCCACCCGGACGGACUGCUCUGAUAACAGUGAUUCAGACAACGAUGAGGGCACAGAGGGGGAAGCUGCAGAGGGCACGGAAGGCGCUGAGACUGUGGAGAAGGGCUCCAGAGCAGAAGGAGAAGACGAAGAGGGAAAAGAGGAGGGGAAGGAAGGAGGCAAAGAGGAUGCAGAGAAGGGGGUCCUGAGCGCCCAGGAUGAGAGUGGCCAGGCCAAGCGCAAGUUGCAGGCAGGCAAAAAGAGUCUGGACAAGCAGAAAAAGCGGCAGCGAGACCGCAUGGUGGAAAGGAUCCAGUUUGUGUGUUCUCUCUGCAAAUACCGAACCUUUUAUGAGGAUGAGAUGGCCAGCCACCUUGACAGCAAGUUUCACAAGGAACACUUUAAGUACGUAGGCACCAAGCUCCCCAAGCAGACAGCUGACUUUCUGCAGGAAUAUGUCGCCAACAAGACGAAGAAGACAGAGGAGCUCAGAAAAACCGUGGAGGACCUUGAUGGUCUGAUCCAGCAGAUCUACAGAGACCAAGAUCUGACACAAGAAAUUGCCAUGGAACAUUUUGUGAAGAAGGUAGAGGCAGCCCACUGUGCAGCCUGUGACCUCUUCAUUCCCAUGCAGUUUGGGAUCAUUCAGAAGCACCUCAAGACCAUGGAUCACAACCGGAACCGCAGGUGCAGUGAUUCUCAACAGUGGGAUGGGCUUAGAGAUCUGGCUGGGAUGGUGGAGGAGAUUCGGGAUUGGCAUAUACCGUUGACAGAUCUGAAAAGAUGCAGAAUAUGUCCAUUGGCUUUGGCAACAGAGAAGCUGUAGGGAUCUUGCCAUGGUGAGAUUUUUGGGUUGGUAGCUGAUAAGGGUUGAAAGAGAACAGAGAGCAGACUGUAGAGAAUGGAUAGUGCAUGGUAUUAAAACUUGGAAAAUUUAGGUGAAAUGAAUGAUAGCUAGUAAAAUACAAACUGAUUCCAAAGCAAGUUGCCAAAAAAAAAAAGCUGUAACAACCAGCAGCCACAGAGGGGAUUGGAAGGGUACUAAAAGAUACUUUGAAGACACCAGAAGUAGUUGGUUAUAGAGAGUUCAAGUAUAAAUACUAUAUUCUGUAAAAUGCCAGAUUUAGAAGUAAAUAAAAAGCUUCUAGUUAUUAUUAAUUUUGGUAACAGUUUUAUUGAUGCUCAAUUCCCAUACCAUACAAUUCAUCCAUGUAAGGUAUACAAGUCAGUAGUUUUUAAUAUAGUCACAGUUGUGUAGCUGUCAGCCCAAUUAUAGAACAUCUUCACCUCAAAAGCCAUACCUUAUAGCUGUCACUCUGUAACCACCAUACUCCCCAAGCCCUAGGCAACCACUGAUUUACUGUCUGUCUCCGUGUUUUUCUAGGCAUUUCAAAUAAAUGUAGUCACCAUA